AUGGCAGAAACUUCAUCUUCAACUACUGCAUCUCCACCAGCACUUCAGAUAUGUCCACCAGCAUUCACAGAAGGAAAGUUAGACGGCAUGAACUACACUCUGUGGAAGUUCAAGAUGAGUGCUAUUCUGGAUUCAUAUGAACUACUUGAUACAGUUCAAGGUAUGGAUCUAGAACCGAUUGGCACGCAUGAUCCCACCAAUCGUAAGGUUAUCAUCCCUCUAGAUGUUGCCCUCGUCAAAGCAAAGAAAAGGCAAAAUGAAGAUGCACUUUUUGCUAUUAUCACAAGUGUAUCUAAUUCUAUUAGAACUUCUACACUAACCUUUGAGGAAUUUUGUGCCUUACUACUAGAGGAGGAGAUGAGGUUGAGAACCAAAGAAAAUGAAAGCAGUAGUGCGUUCACCGUGUAUAUCAAAGGCAAGGACAAUAAUGUUGAAAAGAAGAAGGGAAAGAACAAGAAGAGAUUUUCUGGUACGUGCUACUACUACAAAAAAAGGGGCAUAAGAAAUGUGCUUAACUGCUCAAACAGUAUAGGAGAUUGCUCAUGGGUACUUGACAGUGGAGCUUCCCAAAACAUAACCAGCAAAAAGGACUGGUAUGGUUCCCUUAAGCCUCUACAUGAAACUAUGAAUGUGAUUGUCGUAAAUAAUGCAAAGUGUCCAAUAGAGGGCACUGGAUCCAUUUUCUUAAAAUUCAUGAAUGACCAAGGUAAAACUCUUUUAGAUGUCCUUUAUGUUCCUCAAAUUAAGAGGAAUAUUUUAUUUGUAGCUGCUAUUACUGACCAUGACUAUGAAGUAUGA